UGGAAGGAAACAGUGAUGAACUUGAUGAACCCAUCAAGGCUGUAUUUGCUGACGUGGCUUUCGUCCAGAAGCACAACCUGAUGAGUCUGAACUCCAUCAACUGGUCUCGGGUCCUGGUGCAGAUGGCCCAUCACUUCUUUGCUUACUUCCAGUGUGCACCAUCCUUGGACACACACCCCCUGCCUCCUGUGGAAAUAGUUGUGCCAACAGGGGCUGGUGGUAACGUUGCAGCUGGGUGCAUUGCUCAGAAGAUGGGACUGCCCAUCCUCCUGACUGUGGCAGUGAAUCACAAUGACAUCAUCCAUAGGACUGUCCAGUGGGGAGACUUCUCUGUGUCUGAGACUGUCAAGCCAACCUUGGCAUCUGCUAUGGACAUUCAGGUACCCUACAACAUGGAGAGAAUCUUCUGGCUGGUCUCUGGUUUCAACAAUCAAGUGACAAGGGCCCUCAUGGAGCAGUUUGAAAGAAACCAAAGUCUGCAUCUACCCAAGGAGCUACACAACAAGCUUGUGGAGGCAGUGACCUCUCAGUCAGUGUCAGAUGAAGCCAUCACCCAGACCAUGGGCCGCUGCUGGGAGGAAAACCAGUACCUGCUGUGCCCUCACUCAGCCACAGCCGUGAGCUGCCAUUAUCAACAGACUGACAGCGGGCAGUCCAGUGUCCCCCGGUGCUGCCUGGCCCCUGCCUCAGCAGCCAAGUUCCCAGAAGCAAUCCUGGCUGCAGGGUUGACUCCCCAGACUCCCACAGAGAUCCUAGCCCUGGAACACAAGGAGACACGCUGCACCCCAAUGCAGAGAGGAGAAGACUGGAUUCAGAUGCUUCGAGACACAAUUGAGGGCCUAAGCCAGAGGCGGAAGGGUCAUGCUGUAAACCCUUCUGAAUAGCCAGGCUGGAACUGGCUUUGUUUAAAUUUCCCUUCCCAGGGAGCUGCACCCUUAAGCCCCCUCAAGCUCUGGGGUGCUUCUGGGGAGAGCUAGCGUAGAAGUUGCCUGUUCACUUAACUUUAUUCCAUGGGAGAUAGGAUGAGGGGGACUUGAGGAAUGGGUGGCUGAUGUUGAAAGGCUCCCCACCACUGAAUGGUUCAGGAAUAACAUUACUCAACAUACAAGUUUCAGGGUCUGCAAAUGAUGAGCCUUGGGUACAGGGUCAGACCUCAACUCCAGAGUGUUAGGACUCCAGACCUGUGACAAAGGGUUACUCACUACUUUAGCACAGAACUAGGGCUUAUGAACUCUGAAUCUCUGUUUUUCCAUUCCUGAAACCAAAUCCAAAGCUUUGGCCCUCCUUGCCAAAUGCUUCCAACCUGUUGAAAUGUUGGGAAUCCCUGUAAUAAAAGUACUGUUAGUUAAA